CCGAAGCUACUAUCUCCCCCUGUCUCUCUAUCUCUCCCUCCCACUUCGUCUGUCGCAUUUCAGUGAAAGCCAGAGGAGAGACCCUCGGGGUCGAAGGUUCUGCCCUGCCCGCCACGACCUUAGCCUGUCAAGGUAUCGAAAUCCAACCUAUUUCCCGCGGAAUAUCGUUCCAGAUCACGCAGAGAGCUCUCCGCGACACAUUUCGGACCGCGGAAGAAGAUGGACGAGUCCUGAUUCACCAUUCCUCUGGAGGAUGCUGCCACGUGAGUUGGAACCCGGACCACUGUGACCUGCUCAUGUCCCCUUCAACUAAGCCAUGGCUCACAGGAUCACGUCUCAGAGCAAGGCCAGCAUUUCGGUGGAUGAGUACAGCACUAACCCCACGCAAGCUUUCACCCACUACAACAUCAACCAGAGCCGUUUCCAGCCGCCACAUGUCCACAUGGUGGAGCCCACCCCCUACGAUGCCCCCAAACCUGCAGGUCACACUCGUUUUGUCUGUGUCUCGGACACACACUCAAGGACAGAUGGCAUCCAGAUGCCGUACGGCGACGUCCUGCUCCACACGGGCGACUUCACAGAGCUGGGCCUGCCAUCUGAGGUUAAGAAGUUUAAUGACUGGCUAGGUAGUCAGUCUUUUGACACCAAGGUUGUCAUCGCUGGGAACCACGAGCUGACCUUUGAUAAGGACUUUAUGUCAGAGCUGGUCAAGCAGGACUACUACCGUUUCCCCUCCAUCUCCAAGUUGAAACUUGAGGACUUUGACAAUGUGCAGUCUAUGCUCACAAACUGUAUUUACCUCCAAGACUCAGAAACCACAGUCAAGGGAUUCAGGAUAUAUGGUGCACCCUGGACCCCCUGGUUUAACAACUGGGGCUUUAACCUGUCACGCGGCCAGGCUCUACUGGACAAGUGGAACAAGGUCCCCGUGGGCAUCGACAUCCUCAUGACUCAUGGGCCCCCCCUCGGUUUUCGGGACUGGGUCCCCAGGGAUCUGCAGAGAGUGGGCUGUGUGGAACUCCUCAACACGGUGCAGAGGAGAGUUCGUCCCAAGCUGCACGCUUUCGGCCACAUCCACGAGGGAUAUGGUAUCAUGACAGACGGCUUCACAACGUUCAUCAACUCCUCCACCUGCACAGCCAGCUACCAGCCCACCAACCCCCCGAUCGUCUUUGACCUGCCCAACCCACCGACCUCCUGAGAGAGCACCACCACCUCAUCACCAGACUUUACCCUGGCGUUGGUCUACUUCUCCUACAAAGAAAACAUCUAACUUAAGUAAUGACUGCAUCAUGAACGGAUCUGAAGAUCAUUCAGAAUUUUUUGUCCAUUGGACCUCCUCUUGGAAAACUGGAGAAUGAACUCCUGGACCCAGCCAUAUUGAUACUACAUUGUAGGAACAUCUGUUUAAAAGACUUUUGGAGCUACCAGUAUCAUAUGCUCUUGUACCAGAACACAUAAGCUUCUCAUUUUGAAAGACUCAUCAAAAAAGUGCAUUUAAGGGUACUCAAACUUGUCAGCAAUACUGUACUUGAUCUACGUUUCGAAUUUAAGAGUGGCUCUCUUGAUGUAUAUUUGCUUAUUUAUUUAAGGUCUUUGUAUUAUUAUAGUGGUAAAAUUUGAGAAGUCUGGAAUCCCCCUGUAUAAACUCCACUCUGCUGGUUCCUGCCCGGCGUAGCCAUAAAACUUGCCACGCAUGGAUGGGUCACUCGUUAUAAUUUAGCGGGUUUAUGUGUUCAAGGACAGCUUCAAUCGGGUUCCCCCCUCAGUGAAAUGAAACUGAAAUUCAAUGUCGAAUGGUUGGUGACAUGACAGUUUAGAAUUGUAAUCACUGUCAAAUUGAGGAUGUGUGUAUGCGUGUGUGUUUGUACAUUAGAUGUAUAGUAUCAACUCAUCAAUUUGAUUUGAUGCAUUUUUUUUAAAUUUUUUAUUUAAUGGAAUUUGAUGAAAUGUGAAGAUGAGUCCAUUGAAACAAAAGCUUGUCAACCUUCUGUAUCCAAACCACCACCAUUAGUGAACUUCUUUGUCCUUUGUGGUGUAAAAUGCCAUUAUAAUUAUUAUCUUUAAACUAUAUGUGCGCUUGUAUUCUUUGUUUUGCACUGCGUGUUGAAAUGCAAUCUUGCUCGCACAAAAAAAAAACAUAGCCAUCAGUCAAUGUCACUUCAGUUGCUCUUAAUGCUCUGUACCCAUGUUUAUGAGACCUUUUUUAUUCAUCAUGGUAUCUAGCUGACUUUAUAUGCAAAUAAAGUCGCAACAUUUUUACUUUA